UUGGUGAGCAGGGUAGAACAGCUAGACUGGGAUUGGACAGUAGUGAUUUCCUGGAUGCAGCCCGGCAAAGGGGCUGUCUCUUGGGAUCCUUGGCCUUUUCUAGGGACACAGUUCUGGCCCCUAGCCCAGGUUUUAGGGAAGGAUGAGUGUGUUGAGGCCAGUGAAGACAGGAGAGAGGAACAAUGUGGGAUUCUAUUCUAGAUCUACCACUAGCUCACAAUAGAUCUCUGGGUGGUCAGCGACCCUCUCCAAACUUGAGUCAUGUCUUCAGUAAAACAGAGCUGGUGCCAUUACCCAGCUCAGUUUGCAGGACUGUAGGAAGAGUCACUCCUGGAGAUAAUGGCUGUGAAGGGCCUUGUAAGGUGAACAUUACUUGCAAACAUAAGGAAUUUUACUUACUGAAAGGAAGGAAGGAACAGAGGCCAAAAGAGGCCCUCAGGUUGAGAUGUCCAGUUACACAUACAAAUGCUAACUUCUAGGAGGGUAGGAAGAAUUUGUAGCCUGACUCUUCCCACUAACUAGCAUGCCUGCUCUACUGCUCAUGGUCCCCUUCUUAUUGUCUCUUGACCUUUGGUCCCCUCUCCAGCUCAAGCCUCAGAGACCCCUUUAGCCUUCUUUCUGAGCCCUCAGCUCCAGGCACCCCUCCAGAAACCCAGCUGUCUUCCCAGGCCUUUCUCCAGCAAGGACUAGCUUCAUCUGCACCACAUGGACGUGUACACACAUAUGCACACACUUACGGUUCAACCUCAGACUAAAAUUAUCCUCUCCCCAGGGCAGGAUGAAGGGCAGCCGACUCCCUGGGGAGGGUGGAGACAGACAGCACCAAAUGGUUAGCCCAGAGAAGGGGCCAGAGCUAAAAAUGGACAGGGAGGUGUUUGUGGAGGGCCCCUCAGGCUCCUGCACCAUCUUUGUGGGUUAGGGACAGAUUCUGUGCUGGGUAGAGGGUACAGGAAAGGAAGGGAAGGGUGGAGUUGGAGGAUGGGGAAGAGACCCAGACCUGGGGGUGGGUGAGUGAUUUCUGGAGGACUUUAAGCUAUUCUUGUCCCUGAAGCUGAGUAGGGCCACUCCAGCCACAGGUCGUAUGCUCAUCUGAUUGAUGAUACCCAUCUGGAGGCCACUCUGAAACUGUGCAUUGCUGGUUGGGGUGGUCUGCCCUCUGGUGAUUUGGCAAAACCAGGACCUAUUUGAGGCCCAGCCGAGGACCAUCAGAUCGACCCAGUAGGGUGGGACAGGACCAAGUGACUGACUGGCUCUGGGGCCCUGGGUUCUAUCUGGCUCCUGGCUACCUUCAAACAGGUGGCCCAACAGGUGAGGGGCCCCUGCAGAGCCUCACCUGCCUUAUCGGGGAGAAGGACCUGCGCCUCCUGGAGAAGUUGGGAGAUGGCUCCUUUGGCGUGGUGCGCAGGGGCGAGUGGGACUCUCCUGCAGGAAAGACGGUGAGUGUGGCUGUGAAAUGCUUGAAGCCUGACGUGCUGAGCCAGCCAGAGGCCAUGGAUGACUUCAUCCGGGAAGUCAAUGCCAUGCAUUCGCUUGACCAUCGAAACCUCAUUCGUCUCUAUGGUGUGGUGCUCACACCACCCAUGAAGAUGGUGACAGAGCUGGCACCUCUGGGGUCCUUGUUAGAUCGUCUACGUAAGCACCAGGGUCACUUCCUCCUGGGGACUCUGAGCCGCUACGCCGUGCAGGUGGCUGAGGGCAUGGGUUACCUGGAGUCCAAGCGCUUUAUUCACCGUGACCUAGCUGCCCGAAAUCUGCUGUUGGCUACCCGUGACCUGGUCAAGAUUGGGGACUUUGGACUGAUGCGAGCCCUACCCCAGAAUGAUGACCACUAUGUCAUGCAGGAGCAUCGCAAGGUGCCGUUUGCCUGGUGUGCCCCUGAGAGCCUGAAGACACGGACUUUCUCCCAUGCCAGCGACACCUGGAUGUUUGGGGUCACAUUGUGGGAGAUGUUCACCUAUGGCCAGGAGCCCUGGAUUGGCCUCAAUGGCAGUCAGAUCCUGCAUAAGAUUGACAAGGAAGGGGAGCGCCUGCCCCGCCCUGAAGACUGUCCUCAAGAUAUCUACAAUGUCAUGGUCCAGUGCUGGGCACACAAGCCAGAGGACAGACCCACAUUUGUGGCCCUGAGGGACUUUCUGCUGGAGGCCCAGCCCACUGACAUGCGGGCCCUUCAGGACUUUGAAGAACCAGACAAGCUGCAUAUCCAGAUGAAUGAUGUCAUCACUGUCAUUGAGGGAAGGGCUGAGAACUACUGGUGGCGUGGACAGAACACACGGACACUGUGUGUGGGGCCUUUCCCUCGCAAUGUGGUGACCUCUGUGGCUGGCCUGUCAGCCCAGGACAUCAGCCAGCCCCUGCAGAACAGCUUCAUCCACACAGGGCAUGGCGACAGUGACCCCCGCCACUGCUGGGGCUUCCCUGACAGGAUUGAUGAGCUGUAUCUGGGAAACCCCAUGGACCCUCCUGACCUGCUGAGCGUGGAACUGAGCACCUCCCGAUCCACUCAGCAUCUAGGAAGGGUGAAAAGGGAGCCUCCACCUCGCCCACCUCAGCCUGCCAUCUUCACUCAGAGUAAGUGGGGCUGCUCAGGAUGCCUUGGCCCCUGCCCCCGCCCUCUCUCUCCUCUCACUUCUCCUCUCCUCCUGGAAGAGCCAACCUAUGACCCUGUGAGCGAGGACCAAGACCCCCUGUCCAGUGACUUCAAGAGGUUGGGCCUGCGGAAGCCAGGCCUGCCUCGAGGGCUGUGGCUUGCAAAGCCAUCUGCCCGAGUACCAGGCACCAAGGCAGGCCGAAACAGUGGGGGUGAGGUCACACUCAUCGACUUUGGCGAGGAGCCCAUGGUUCUGACCCCACGGCCCUGCGCACCCUCUCUGGCACAGUUGGCCAUGGAUGCUUGCUCCUUGCUGGACAAGACACCGCCACAGAGCCCCACACGGGCACUGCCACGACCCCUGCAUCCCACGCCUGUGGUGGAUUGGGAUGCACGCCCACUGCCCCCACCCCCUGCUUAUGAUGAUGUAGCCCAAGAUGAGGAUGACUUUGAGGUUUGCUCCAUCAAUAGCACCCUGGUGGGCACGGGGCUCCCUGCUGAGCCCAGCCAGGGUGAGACCAAUUACGCCUUUGUGCCUGAGCAGGCAGGGCUAGCCCCUGCCCUAGAAGACAACCUGUUCCUCCCCCCACAGGGUGGAGGUAAGCCACCCAGCUCAGCCCAGACUGCAGAGAUCUUCCAGGCACUGCAGCAGGAGUGCAUGCGGCAGCUGCAGGUCCCAGCUGGCUCACUGGUCUCCUCACCCAGCCCAGGGGGCGAUGACAAACCUCAGGUGCCCCCCCGGGUGCCCAUUCCCCCUCGGCCUACACGCCCACGUGUUGAGCUGUCUCCAGCCCCCUUAGGCGAGGAGGAGAUGGGUCGGUGGCCUGGACCAUCUUCUCCUCCCCGGGUGCCUCCCCGAGAGCCCCUGUCCCCUCAAGGCUCCAGGACUCCCAGCCCCCUGGUGCCACCUGGCAGCUCUCCCCUGCCACCCCGGCUUUCAAGCUCACCUGGGAAGACCAUGCCCACCACCCAGAGCUUCGCCUCAGACCCCAAGUACGCUACACCCCAGGUGAUCCAGGCUCCUGGCCCACGGGCUGGUCCCUGCAUUUUGCCCAUUGUCCGCGAUGGCAAGAAGGUCAGCAACACCCACUACUACCUGCUGCCUGAGCGCCCUCCCUACCUGGAGCGCUACCAGCGUUUCCUGCGUGAGGCCCAGAGUCCUGAAGAGCCGGCUGCCCUACCUGUGCCUCUGCUGCUGCCCCCACCCAGCACUCCAGCCCCUGCCGCCCCCACAGCCACAGUUCGACCAAUGCCCCAGGCUGCCCCAGACCCCAAAGCCAACUUCUCCACCAACAACAGCAACUUAGGGGUACGGCCACCAGCUCUGAGGGGUACUGCUCGGCUGCCACAGAGAGGCUGCCCUGGGGAUGGGCCAGAGGCUGGACGGCCAGUGGACAAGGUCCAAAUGCUGCAGGCCAUGGUGCAUGGGGUGACCACAGAGGAAUGCCAGGCGGCUCUGCAGAGUCACAGCUGGAACGUGCAGAGGGCUGCCCAGUAUCUAAAGGUGGAGCAGCUCUUUGGGCUGGGUCUGCGACCACGAGUAGAGUGCCACAAAGUGCUGGAGAUGUUUGACUGGAACCUGGAGCAAGCUGGCUGCCACCUUCUGGGCUCCUGUGGUCCUGCCCAUCACAAGCGGUGAGAGGUGUCUGGAGAGCAAGUAUCUGCCCUGAAGGAAUCACUUGAGCCUGUCCAUGCAACAGGGGUUGGGGAGACAUCCCCACUCAGGCCUGGAGGACCUGCUGCUCCCAGUGAAGAAAGUGAAGUCAAAGCAGCUGGAGACUGGGAGGCCCACUUUGCCCAUCUCACUCACCCAGUGCAGUCCCUGUGCACCUUGGUUCUGCUCUCGGUGUCCCAGCCAAGAAGUGGGAAGAGCCCUGUGAAGGCAGGCCAGGGAGCUGCUUCAGCAGGCCCUGUGUGUGACCAGCCUCUGGCUCCAGACCUUGGCUGGGUUUGUGGCUGGAGUAUGUCCCCAGGUUCUGCCUAGGGGUACCAGACUGAGAGGAAGUCAGGCUUGACCUGGGUAGGGAAGAUGUGUUGGCCACACGAGAGAAGAGGCAGCAACCUGCAGGCCCUCCCAGGGCUGGGCCCUUUUCCAGGGAGUCCCUGGCAGGCAGUUGGGGUAUCGGACAGAAUGUGACUUGGGGCCUUCCUAUGGACAUGUUAUGGGGCUUGGCUAGUGUUAGGAUUUUGUGCCUGGAAAUAGCCCGAUGUGGCUUAGGAAGCAGAGAGAGGGUGGCAGACUAUUAUAUAGCAGGGAUCAGGGCCUAGGGCCCUAGGGUUGGAAGGAGACCAAGGGGACAGCUGCCAUGGAGGGACACCACUGCUUCCUAUUUGACACCAACUUUUCCCUUUCACCAUUCCGUGUUUUCCCACCAGCCUCUGUCGCCAAAGUUGCUGCCCCAGCUAUGAAUAUCUGCUUCAUCCAGAGAAAUAAAGUUAGGUUCUAUUUUAUGUUA